AUGGAAGAAAAUAUCAUCUGUAUGGAAAAGGAGUGUCUGCUCGAGAAGAGAAGAACGAUUAUCCUGAAAGAAUGCAAGGAGAUAGUGCAGGAAGAAAGAUCCGGACGUUACAACAAGGAGGCCUUUAGAAGACUCUUUCAUGAUCAGGUGCUUCUUGGGAAAUUAUUCACACUGUUCGAUCAAGAUUGUGAUGGAUUACUAAAACAAGAUGAAUGGCUCGAAUUCCUCAAAGGAAGGCUGACAAACGAGAAGCAAAAUGAUUUUAUUGAUCAAAUCGAAAGUGUUGCAUACGUACUAUGUGGGGAGAAUUCAGUAAAUUUCUCCAAUUUUCAGCAGAUAUUUUAUACUAAAGGAAUUGUUGAUAAAUUGUUCCGAUUAAUUGAUUACGAGAACUGGGGAUACGUAACAUCUGAUCAAAUCAUGGAUAUGAUAUCCAGCGUUAGUAAUACCAGACCACGUGCAGGCUUUGAUAAAAGAAACCUCGAAUGGUUGGAAAAAAUAUUUAAGCAAACUGUUGGAAACGAAAGGGAAAUAUCCCGCGAAGAAUUCAAAACAAUCGUCAUUUCGAAGAACCCGUUUUUCACCGAGAGAGUCUUUCAAAUAUUCGACAAAGACAAUUCCGGCACAAUAUCACUUCAAGAAUUUCUAGAUGCCAUGCACCAAUUCGCUGGACAAUCUUCGAACGAUAAGAUUAGGUUUCUCUUCAAAGUUUAUGAUAUCGAUGGCGAUGGAUUAAUACAACUUCGCGAAUUGGAACAUGUGAUGAGAGCUUGUAUGGAGGAAAAUGAAAUGAAGUUUAGUGAUGAGCAAAUCGAAGAUUUAACACUUGCACUUUUUGAGGAUGCUGAUCAAGGCAACAGAGGAGCGAUUACCUUUGAAGCUCUAAAAAAACAGUUAGAGAAGCACGAAGGUCUGCUAAAGAAUCUCUCGAUCAGCAUAGAUCGAUGGCUGGUACCACCACCACCGAAGAUAAAGCAAAAAUCCGUUUUGGAGACCUUUUGGUCCCUUCUUCCGUACCAAUUCACCAAGCCAUACAUGAAGAAUAAUUACGUCUUUAUUGCUUUUAUUUCGAUAUUCAUGCUUAUCAACAUAAUCCUCUUCUUCUCCCGAUGUUAUGAAUAUCGAAAUUACAAUGGCUAUAUAAUGGUUGCGCGUGCAUGCGGGCAAUGUCUGAACUUUGACUGCACGUUGAUUCUGGUCUUGAUGCUGCGCCAGUGCAUUACAUUUUUGCGAACGCAUAGCUUUAAUUCCAUAGUGCCUUUAGAUCAUCAUAUAUAUCUUCAUAAAAUGACAGGAAUACUGAUUGGAGUUUUCGGCAUUGUACACACUCUGCUGCAUCUCAUUUACUGCGGCACGAUAAUAAUUAAAGAUGAGAAGAUGAAUAGUGGAAACUACACCAUGUCCGAAUGGUUGUUAACGAGUCGACCCGGAUAUUUCGGUCUGGUGGCAGGCAGUGCAUAUCCGACUGGGGUAGUUCUGUUUAUUAUUCUCGUCAUUAUGCUUGUCGGUUCCAUGCCGUUUGUACGGCGUGGAGGCUGCUUCGAGAUAUUUUAUUGGUCCCAUCUGCUGUACAUACCAUUUUGGAUUCUAAUGAUCUUCCAUGGCCCAAACUUCUGGAAGUGGUUUGUCGGCCCGGGCGUCAUAUAUCUAGUGGAAAAGAUUCGUCGACUAAUGUGGUUACGUUCUCAGGGAGGAAAAACGUACAUAAGUUCUGGUCUGCUUCUACCUUCGAAGGUUACUCAUCUAGUCAUCAAAAGGCCACCCCAUUUUCAGUUUCAUCCCGGCGAUUAUGUAUUCGUUAAAAUCCCGGUGAUAGCAAAAUACGAGUGGCAUCCUUUUACGAUUAGCAGUGCUCCCGAACAAGAAGACUAUAUGUGGCUACACAUUCGUGCGGUCGGUGAGUGGACCAACACUUUGUAUUCGUAUUUUGAGAAAGAGCAAAUAAAACUUCACAGUGAUAUUUUACCUGCCGAGAACUGUGACGCCGCUUUUGUCCCUCGAAGAAAAUCUUUCCUCAGUCCCAAAAGGACACCAGUUAUCACGACGCAGAAAGCCUUGAUGGAAUCCAUACCUCAUACUCACAACCUGGACAAUCCUUCAUUCGUGUCUGAUUUAUCGAACACCGUGCCACCUUUGCAUACAUCAACUAAUAACGAGUCUACAUAUUUAAGAACUCCCAUAGAACAUACACCCGAGUCAAAUAAGGAAUGGAGAGAUAUGUCUGCGAGGCAAGACAGAAGACUUCAUCAGUUAUUCCUUGGUAAAAUGCCACUUGAGAAAUCAUACUCGAUGCCCGAUAUGCAGAUAAGAAGCAAGAAGAAAGAGCGGCUCAGGGUACUUCGGGAUUACAUGAGAUCUGAAUCGGAGAGGAAUUUCGAUGAAUGCCAGAUGAAGUGCGCGCGGUUCAAGUCAUUAGGUUUAGCUUACUUGAGCCCGCAGAAUAAAUCGUUGGCUCAGAGUUUCCGAUAUAUGCGAAUGAAACCGACCAUUAUCGCUUUCAAAACACCUAGUUUCGAAACGGGCGAUAAUGAGAUCGACGCAUCGUUAAACGUUGCAUCAAAUGCAAAUGCGGAGGGAAAUGAAAUAAUGCCAGUUACACCGAUAUCGAUACAAAUUGCGGCGGAAGAAGGAAGACUGAGACAAGGAUUUAGUGAAGCAAUGGAUAGUUCAGACAGUUUAGAUGUAAAAUCUAAUAGUUCUUCUCAGCCACCUAUAAAUUACCCUGUAGGAAAACCUUUGGAGAUCUUUUUAGACGGUCCCUAUGGAGCACCGUCAAGUCACAUUUUUCGAGCGCAGCACGCUGUUCUGAUUGCCACAGGAAUCGGAGUUACACCCUUUGCCUCUAUAUUACAAUCAAUUAUGCAUCGAUAUUGGAAAGCGAGACACACCUGUCCAAAAUGUUCAUACUCUUGGGCCAGUGAAAUUCCUCCUACUGUAAUGAAUUUACGAAAGGUGGACUUCUUCUGGAUUAAUCGCAACCAACGGUCGUUUGAGUGGUUUGUAAACUUACUAUCUCAGCUUGAGAUAGAACAGGCUGAAUUAGGUACUACCAUGGAACAUUUCCUGGAGAUGCAUAUGUACAUCACAAGUGCAUUGCAAAAGAGCGACAUGAAGGCAGUUGGCUUGCAGUUAGCAUUGGAUCUUCUGCACGAAAAGGAAAAACGAGAUCUCAUCACAGGUUUGAAAACCAGAACGAAUGCAGGUCGCCCCAAUUGGGAUAAAAUAUUCAAGCAACUCCAGGAUAAGAAAAAAGGAAAAAUUACAGUUUUCUUUUGCGGGCCGCCACAACUCGCCAAGAUUCUUCGAUACAAAUGCGAUCAAUUCGGAUUUUGUUUUAGAAAAGAAACCUUCUAAUAUUUUAAAAAGAAAUAAAUUUAAUAAUUAUUAUGUUGAAAAUCAUAUUGCGUAUAAAAAUAUUAA